CAUGGUCUCCUUUACUAUUCUCCUUUGGUCACGUGACUCGGUUUGAAAGAUGAAACGUCAACAUGUCAUAGUUGUCAAAAAUUAAAAACAAUGCCUUUAAAUGGAAUAAUUCGUGACAACGACCCGAUAUUUCGCUAAAUUUUAGAGCCAACGAUGUAAAAUGAGUUGGUUUGAUGCGUCAGGCUUUGCUAGCAUAGCAAAAUCCGCCCUCAGGGAAGCGCAGAGAACGAUAGACAAGGCUUUAGAUAUCAAAGAAGACGAAGUAAACGUGGUUCCUACAAACACGCCCAUUGACACAAACUCUGAUGAUUUUUUCGGCACGUGGGGCAUUAGUCAGUCUGGCCAUAUCAAAGAGGGUAAAAAGGAUGAAGAAGGGCCUAAAAUGGCCAAGCUCCAGUCCAGCCUGUGGGGCUCAUUCACCGGCUCAUUUUUCGACGCCAGUAAAGAGUACCCUAAGACACCUUCCAUUGAUAGUCUAGACGAUUCAGUUGACAUAGGAAGUGAGCAUUUUAGCAGAAGCAAACUUGUGGUGCAGCAAAGUGACGACGGGGAGAGCCAUUACUCGCGCCUGUCGUCAAUGGAAACAGAUGAGGGGACCCUUGUCAAUGACAAUGAAGGCAAACUAGUGGAAAUUCAGUUAGAUUCACCUGACGGGCCUUCAAACUCUGACCAAGCCGUUGUGGUCAAAAGGCCAGAGAAGACGCAAAGUUCGAUAAUUAACCGCCUAUCGGCAAUUAGCAAUGAGAGUGGAAAAAACAGUUCUGAAAGUGUGGAGCUAAUCACUUGCAGUACGGAAUGCACCACUAGUCCAGAAUCGGAGCUUUUGUCAGGGGAACACAGCAUUUCAACUUCGAGCUCUGCUGUAGCUAAACAGACUUCAGAGUCGGUUGAAAUUAUAGCAGAUAGCUUAACUAGUCCCAGUUCGGUUGAAAUAAUUGGGUCAGAUAGCAUAGACUGUAAGAAUCAAGAUGAAUUUGCAUCGCCAAUGGAAUCGCCAAUUGCAGAAGAGGAGGCCAGCCCAUGUGCGGAAAAGAACACUCCCGACAGCGUGGAAGUAAUCCCCGAAGACCAAGAAGAGAGCGUCGCUGAAGACACAAUGUCGUACACAUCGAUUUCCGAAAGCACCUCUGCCACAGUCCUCGACCAAGCAUUCCUCCACCUCAAACCCCAAAAAAUGCUAAAAGACACCUAUAACACAUCAAUGCCCGAAAGCGACAUUCCACUCAGUCCCGAAAAAAACCACACUUUCGCCGAUGCAAUCACAAGAGCACCCAGUCGAAGUGGCAUGCAUUUACCUCUAACACAAGUCAACCAAGUACUAAUAGACACCCAGCCACAGAGCAGCAGACAGGACUUGUCCAACCUUUUGAAAAACACCAACAUUAUCGAUAUACCUCAGGAAGACAACGUGGAAGGACAAAUCGAAUCCUGUGAUGAAGGUUCCCAAUCUGACCGCACUGUAAUAGCAAAAGACGGCGGAAUGGACAGUAGUAGCGACACAAGUGUGACGGAAAAUUCCGUUUAUUUGAAAAAUUUAAUCGCUGAUGCCAUGACUGAAAAAAGCCCGGAAGUGCCCGAUUGUGCAACGAAAACCAGCCAUUUUAUGGAUUUGACUCAGAGUAUGAUCGACUCAAGUCAGGGAAAUGUGGUUUUGGAGAACAUUUCCAUAAGUCAGUUGGAUAUGCCGCCUCGGGAAAAUUCGCCAGUCAGUUCGGAAAGUCGCUCCGAUUUGGUCAAAAUCGGGUCUUCGGGACACACCUCUGGUGAUGAAUUGGAAACAACCACCUCAUCAGAUAUUGAAAUUAUUUCAAGUCCGAACGGAGAUUCGAGUAGUACGCAAAGUAGGCAAAGCCCAGCCAAGCAAACUUGCACGAAAAAUAAAUCAGACGGCACCAAAGUCGAUCUUUUGUGCAAAAUGACGAUGAAAAAAGCCAAAGGCCACACUAGAGAAUUGUCGGAAACUUCGAGCGUGAGCGAUGAUUCGCAUUCAUCCGAAGUUGAUCGGCUUAUCAAAAGGAUUGCGGAAAUGACCGAAAUUUUGGAGUCCAGAGAAUCGAAAUUAAUUGAUAUCAAUAGGAGAAAUGCCGAAUUGCAAGAGUUGAACACCAACUUGCGACAUCAGCUCGAUUCGAUGCUUACCAAGCAAUUGGAAACUGCAGAUUUGUCUCAAGUGACUGAAGAAUAUACCCAGCGUUUGUCCGCCUUAGAGAAAAAGUUUCAACAAGCAAUUCGGGAAAAAGACACGCUGAGGAAACAACUGGAACAGAGCAAACAGGAGGCUGCCACUAGGCUCAGCAAAAGCGAUUUGGACUCACUUAUAAGCGAAAAAGAUGAAAUUAUUAAGGAGUUGCGUGAGGAGGGGGAAAAGUUGUCCAAACAGCAGUUGCAACAUUCGAAUAUUAUCAAGAAGUUGAGGGCGAAAGAAAAGGAAAAUGAGUCAACAAUCAAACAUUUAAAAGAAACAAUUGAGGACUUGUCGUCUGAAGCUGACCGUUUAAAGCGUUCACUAACCGCAAAAGAGGAAGUUGAAAGGUCGCAAAUCGAAGCAGUUCACCAGCUAACAGCAAAAAAUAAAAAACUAGAAACUGAAGUUGAUAAAUUCCGAAGUCAGCUCGACGACCUCACACAAAAGUAUGACACCGUGAAGAAGUCUUUAGACGCUGCGAAAAAAGAACUCGUCGACAAGAACAAGACUAGUUCUGAGUUAAUCGCACGCGAGCAUAAAUUGGAGAGUUUAGAGAACGAAAAAAAGCAAACGGAGUCACAAAACGCAGCGAUUCUUAACGAACUGGAGGAACUACGGUCAAAAAUGCGACAACUCGAUUUAGACUACGCGAAAAAAGAACAGUCGCUACGUAAAGAAAACAACGAUCUUUUGAGGCGUUUGGAGGACGCUGAGGCCAGAAACGAAGAAUUAUCACAAUCCGUUCUUGAAGUUAGUAAGCCUUUGGUGAGACAAUUGGAGUCGUUACAAGCAACACAUACGAUGAAAAUCGCCAGUUUUGAAAGAAUUGAACAAGAAAUGACGCUUAAAAUAAAUGAGUUGCAAACUAGAUUACAGACGUCCCUUAACUCAGAACGGACGGUCAAAGACGAGUCUGUGACUCUAAAAACUAGACUUUCAGAUUUGGAAUCGGAACUAAGUUCGCUUAAGCACCAAAACGAGCUGCUUCGAGUGGAAGUGGAGCAGAAUAAAACCGAAAAACAAAUCUCCGAACAGGAGUUAGGUCGUGAAAUUAACGAAUUGAAGGAACAGUUAGUGUCUGAGAGACACAAAGUGGCCGAGUUGGCGCAAAACGCGUCCAGUUUGCAAGAACAGCUGGAGAAAUCAGCGAGUGAAUCCGAGCGCAAGAAAAGCACUGAAGAUGCGCCAAAUUUGGGCCGAAACUCGCCGCGCACUGCGAGCAAUUCGCCAACUUUAAGUCUGGGGAAAAUUUCCGUGGCGGAAUCGCUUGGAAGCUCGUUUUGGUCGCAGGAUGAGCCCUUUGACGGGGGACAACCGCCAAGGUACACCAACAUGUUCGAGAUGCAAAUGCUUCAAACCAACUUGAAACAGCGCGACGGUGAAUUGCAACAAUUGCAGUGGGAGUUGAACCGGAGGGAACAAGAGAGGGCGCUCUUGAAUAAAGAAAUCUCGUCGCUUUUGACCCGUGUUGAGGAACUUGAAACCAAAGUCCAGGAAUACGAUGUUUUAAAAGGACAACAUAGUGAGCUACAGCAACAGUAUGAUACUCUUUGCCAGUUGUUUGGCGAGAAAGUUGAAGAAAACGAAGAACUGAAGCUUGAUUUGCAAGACGUGAAAGAGAUGUACAAAAGUCAGAUUGAUGAGUUGUUGAAACAGCAAAAACAGAACUUGUAAAGUUAUUAUUAUCCAGCGUGUACAGAGAUGCUUUUAUAUGAAUUUUUAUUGAUUAGAUAAGAGAUUAAAGUGUUUGUUGUUCUAUUGCGGUUUUUAUCAUAUGGGAAUAUUACGUUAUCAGUUAACACAUGCUGAUAUUUGGUGUUUUGUCAUGGUAAGGAAUAUACUUCACUUAAAAUUUAACCUGUGAUAUAAAUUAUAGCCUCUUCAAAUUAUUGUACAAAAUUCCAACUGAAAUAAAUGUUGUGUUUA